AUGAGGCUGAUAAACACGGGCAGACUUUGGACCCACUCCACAAGCUUGUCUUCUUUGCCAGUGGCUGCAGCACCUCGGUUUGUCUCUCUCUCUCUGCUCGCGGAAAACAUGAAGAUUGAUUUCGCUCCCGCCGACGUGCCCAUCCAAAGGAGACUGCAGACGGCUGCGGUGGUGCAGUGGGUCUUCUCCUUCCUUGGAUUGGCACCAACAUGCAUCAUCCUGUUCUUUUACCUGCUGUUCACACGGUACUGGUUGAUCAGCGUGCUGUACAGCGUCUGGUGGUACUUUGACUAUGACACUCCUGCACGGGGGGGCCGCAGGAUACCUUUCGUGUGUGGCCUCAAACUAUGGGAUUACAUGCGGGAUUAUUUUCCUGUCAAGUUGGUGAAGACAGCUGACCUGGACCCAAAACAAAACUAUGUAUUUGGCUUCCAUCCGCAUGGCGUGCUGGUGGCAGGAGCCUUUACCAACUUCUGCACCUACGCCACAGGCUUCAGACAGCUGUAUCCUGGACUUAGAAGCUACCUACUCAUGUUGCCCCUUUGGUUCAGAGCCCCAUUCUUCAGAGACUACGUCAUGCUUGCAGGUCUGAUUCCUUCUGACAAAGUGAGCGCCAGUUACCCGCUCCGCAAGAAGGGUGGCGGUAACGCUGUCGUGAUAGCAGUCGGUGGGGCCCCAGAGGCUCUUGAUGCCCACCCUGGAACCUACAAUGUUCUCUUGGCUGAGAAGAAAGGUUUCAUCAAAAUGGCCAUGGAGCACGGUGCUCACCUGGUGCCAGUCUUCUCCUUUGGUGAGAACGAAGUGUUCGAUCAAGUAGGCAAUCAAAGAGGGACCUGGCUUCGAUGGACACAGGAACGACUGCAAAGCAUCAUGGGUAUCUCUCUACCUCUCUUCCAUGCUCGUGGAAUUUUUCAGUACUCCUUUGGUCUCAUGCCCUACAGAAAACCCAUCAGUACAAUCGUCGGAAGGCCAAUUAAGGUGGAGAAGAACGAGAAACCAACGACCGAGGACCUUGAUGCCCUCCACCAGCUGUACAUGGACGAACUGAGCAAUCUGUUUGAGGAGCACAAGGGCAACUACGGAGUGGACGAGGACACACAUCUGAACUUUGUCUAAACCAGACUGACAGAGAAUGGAAUGGAUUUGAAUGGCUAUUUAUUUCUAAAACUUAGAUGCUGCAGGUUCAGAUAAAUACAGCUUUGAUUGGCUCCUUAAACCCAACUUUGCUCUGGCAUGUUAAUGAAAAACAAGCUGCUAUUGGUUAUUCAAUAAGACUGAAUGCUAUACCUGUUUAUUAAAGGUGGGAUUCAACUAUUAGAGGAAAGCACAUCUUCGUAUAAAGGUGUGGUCAGUUAGACUGUCUGGCAAAUUUCAUGACUGUGGGAAAUUGAAACACUAAUGACUUUUGGCACUAAUUACUACAGUCAAGUUUUCAUCACUUCGUCUCCCAGUUUAGGCAUCUGUCUGGGGUUUUGGAUGUUGUGCAAGACCUGACACUUUCAAAACAGAGUCAUGGGUUGAAUUUGGUUGCAUCACCAUAUGGAGACACUGUAAAAAAACAAAAAAAAAAAAAACAUGUCACGUACCAAU